AUGACAAAUUGGAAGGAAAUCAGAAUCUUUAUUCUCGUCAAACAAAAAAGUAAUGCGACACAGGUGGAAGAGAGACUUGCUGGCUUAAGAGAGGUUUACUCCCCUCUUAUGAAUUAUAAAAAAGGAUGGACCAAGCUUAUUAAAUCUGGGAAAAUCUGGGAGAACUACUUUCGUCCAUUUGAAUGGCGCGCACAAGAUUAUGCAAAAUAUGGCGAUUUUUUGAAAGAAAUCGAUGCCCUGAAAGUCUCUGCAAAAAACCCAGUUGUAGAUUUUUUACGAAGUAUGAUCAAGGAACUACAAUUUCUGAAAGAUUCGGAAACACUGUUACCUUUACCGAGUUCACCUUCCGUUGAACCAGAAAAUGAAACUCCAUCACAUUCUUUUGAAGGAUACAACAAUGGAGAAGUCGAAUUGGAAGAUGAUAAAUUUCAUGAUAACGAAGAUGAGCUUAUUCAACAUGCAGGAGAUAGAAGUAGAGUCACGUGGCUCUAUCUAUACUGUUUAUCCGCUCCCAAUGGAAGUUUCUGCAUUGAUGGAAAGGUUCAUACAGUACAGUUUCGUGAUAAGAGCAACAAAAACAGAGGUCUUCAUCCAAUUAUAAUCGCAUGUCGUAUACUUUCAACCUUCCUUCAUAAUCACCCAUUAUGA